AGUAUCCAAGUUACGUUCUGAAAGUUAGACCUUCGUGACUAUGAGAUCCACUUCAGAGGUUUUAAAAUUUUGGAUCCCGCAUCUUAAAUGUUGACGAUAGCUGGCUGCUAGUAAGCAACUCGGAUGUCAUGGACCACCGACAGCAAGAUGAUUUGAAAGAGAACCCCAGAGAAACGGCGAAUAUAUUCUCGAUCAUAACAUUCGCAUAUAAUUUUUCAUUGCUAAGAAAAGGGAAGAACAAGGAACUACAAGAGGAAGACGUAUAUAAAGUUGUACCUUAUCUAUCGUCCGAACGACUAGGAGAUAGACUGGAAGGUUACUGGUACAGAGAACGAAAAUUUAACAAUAAUCCUUCCAUAACACGAUGUCUACUGAGAUGUUUCGGACCGAUGUUUUUAUGUUAUACCGCUAUCCAGCUUGUUUUCGGCACUGGAUUUCUAAUCAUUCAGCCUCAGUUGUUUUCCAAAGUGGUAGCGUACUUUCAGCCCAACCAAACAUCGAUUUCAACAAACGACGCAUAUCUCUACGCCGCAGGUGUAAUAGGGCUAAACAUCAUAAACGUUUUCUAUAUAGAAAACUUUUUUCUCCUGGUGACCGAAUACAUAGUUAAAGUAAAAACCGCUCUGUGCUCUUUAAUAUACCGAAAAGCACUGAAGAUUAGCCCCGCGGUGUUUUCCGAAAUGUCGAUCGGCAAAAUAGUCACCCUGAUCACCAAGGACGCCGUGGUCCUUGACAAUGCGCUGGGAAUGACCAAGGACAUGCUCGUCGGCUUUUGUCACAUCGUUGUCGUAACCGUUAUUUUGUACCGAAGAGUUGGCUUCUCUAUUCUACCGGCCGUUGCAGUUUUCCUCGUCAUUAUUCCCAUGGAACUUCUCCUCGGUCGUAAAACAACACAUGUUAGAUUACAAACAACCCAGCGGACCGAUGAAAGAAUUCGGAUUAUUCAAGAGACUUUGGGUUCGAUAAAAAUCAUAAAGAUGUACAACUGGGAAAAAUAUUUCGAAAAAAUGAUUACCGCGGCCAGAAAAAUCGAAACGGAUAAAAUCAAAGUGGUAUAUUACCUGAAGUCUCUAAUAGUAUCUCUAGGCAGUUCUACGAUAAACCUGGCGUUUUAUAUAUUGCUGGUAUCGUACAUCGCAAGGGGCUAUCGAAUCGACGCGGAAACUAUCUAUUUCAUACAGAGUUGUUUGGGUUUUCUAGGAAUCGCCGUCGGAAGUUCCAUACCAUUCGGGAUAGCCCAAACGUCCGAUAUGCUAGCGUCGAUCCGGAGAAUUCAAGCGUUUCUAAUCGCCGAGGAAACCAAACGGAAAGAUAGCUCCUUCCUUCCUAUUCGAGACCCAAAAAUUUACCUCGACAAAGUUGCGGUCGAGAUCGUCCAACACGAAGUACUUAAAUCCGUUUCGCUAAAUCUAGAUGAAGGUUUACUGUUGGUCUCGGGAAACGUGGGAAGCGGCAAGAGCACCCUCUUAAAAACCAUCCUCCGGGAAUAUUCAAUUUCCAAGGGAGAAAUGGAAGUAGUGGGCACCAUUUCCUACGCUUCGCAAGAACCGUUCCUCUUUCCGUCUUCAAUUAGACAAAAUAUACUUUUCGGGGAAGACUACAAUGAAAGAAGGUACCAAGAGGUGUUAAAUGUCUGUGCGUUAACUUAUGACAUCAACCAGUUCGAAAAAUUAGACUAUACUAUUGUGGGAGAUAAAGGUAUUAACCUGAGUAAGGGUCAGCAGGCCAGAAUUAAUUUAGCCAGGGCGGUGUACAAAAACAGCGAUAUUUAUUUGUUGGAUGAUUGUCUGGCUUCGCUAGAUAACCACGUGAACAACCAUAUAUUCGAGAAAUGCAUUCGCGAAUUUCUUGGAAACAAGUUAUGCGUCGUGGUCACCAACAACAUUAACAAUAUUAAACACGUUGACGUCAGUAGGGUUUUGUUUAUGGAAAACGGUACUACUUUGGACUUGGACCAGCAGUACGGCAGUUUAGAUAAAAGAAUUACUUAUUACAUGGACGAGGAAGCAAACGUCAAACUAAAUAAAACUACCUCGAAUGAAAAAGAUAACAGUGAAAAUUCGACGGAAGCCGAUACGUUACUGCCACCGAACAAGGAAGUAGUACUGAGUAAUCUUUAUCGCGAGCAAAGUAAAGAAGGAGGAGUCGCGUUGAAGAACUACUUCAAAUAUAUCGCAUAUAUUGGCGGAUUCGCAGGGUUAAGUUUGUUGUUACUUACAUUUCUAGCAGCUCAGAUUUCUAUAUCCUACGCCGACAAGCUUAUAAGUAAUUGGGUAAACCUAGAACCAAAAAUAACGGAGUACAUCGCAUUCAAUCGUACUGACGAUCCGGAAUACGAGGCGGCUCUAGAAGAUCGCGAGAACAUGCUUAACUUAUAUACGAUCUUAAUAAUGGGAGGCUUGAUAUUUGCAGUACUCCGAUCGGUAUCCAGUUUCUACUUUUGCAUGAAAGCGGCCAGGCGACUGCACAAGGCAGUCAUAGUCGCGAUUCUCAAUACCUACAUGUACUUUUUCGAUGAUCAUUUAAUUGGAAACAUUAUCAAUCGGCUUUCGAAAGAUUUCCAUUCUGUAGACGAAUACAUGCCUUUCGUGCUUUACGAAAGUCUUCGGUUAUUUUUCGGUAUAGCCGGUGUAAUUACGUUAAUCACUUCAGUCAACUGGGACUUUUUCAUACCAGCUGGGAUACUAUUCGUAAAGCUUUAUUUUGUUCAACGUUUCUACCUCCCGACAAGCAGAAGUCUUCGCAGAUUGGAAGCGUCAACGCGUAGCCCGAUGAUUGGAUACUUAAAUUCCACACUGGAAGGGCUAACCACAAUAAGAGCGUCGGAGCAACAGAAUAAACUGAAAUUUGAGUUUGAUAGGCAUCAAGACCUGUUUACAUCUACAUACCAUAUGAAUGUUGCUGCUGGAAAACUUUUUAAUCUACUUCUUGGAUUAUUCAGCACCACGUUUACGAUGUCGGUUAUUCUGAAGUUCCUUCUUUGGUCCACAGACUACAAAGCAGGAGACGUCGGCCUGGCAAUAUCCCAAUCUAUGAUGCUCGCUGCCCUCGUUCAAAACGUAAUCCGUCUCACAACGGAAGUAGAAAGCUCCAUGACAUCCGUAGAAAGAGUCAUGGAAUACGCGCACGCGAAAACCGAAAAUAAAGCAGGUCAAGUAAUACCCAAGUGGCCUUCCGACGGGAGCAUACGUUACAAAAAUGUUUACUUAACCUACAAGACAGACGGCAACACCGUACUGAAAAACAUUUGCUUCGAAGUCAAAGGAGGGAGUAAAGUCGGCAUCGUCGGACGAACUGGCGCCGGAAAAUCGUCAAUUAUAUCCACCCUGUUCAGGCUCUACGAUUUCGAGGGGAACAUAUUCAUCGACAACGAGAAUACUAAAAACGUAUCUUUAGAUUUCCUGAGGUCUCACAUAGGCAUCAUACCGCAGGAUCCGGUUUUAUUUUGCGGCACCGUACGUUCCAACAUCGAUCCCUUGGGCAAAUAUUCAGACAACGAAAUAUGGAAAGCGUUAGAAAGAGUAAACAUGACAGCGCAUAUCACGAGUUUAAGUCAAGAGAUCAAUAAUAGCGGAUCCAACUACAGCGUGGGCGAGAAACAACUCCUAUGUCUCGCUAGGGAAUUAGUUAGGGAGAGCAAAAUCAUAGUUUUGGAUGAAGCGACUGCCAACAUGGAUCCGGAAACGGACCGAAUGGUACAAAAUCUCAUUGAAGCGAAUUUAGAGAGUUGUACUUUACUCGUCAUUGCUCACCGAUUAAGCUCUAUAAUGGAUAGCGAUAAAAUUUUAGUGUUGGACGCCGGAAGAAUAGUCGAAUUCGACAGUCCGUCAACUCUGCUCAAAAAUAACAAUGGUCUGUUUUACAAGAUGGUUAAAGAUGACAAUUUUGCGAAUAUUUAUUAAGUUCUUUGAUUAUUUUGUAAAUAAUAAUCUGUUAAUAA